UCACCUGUCCGAACAUGUCUCCAUCAAACCCACAAUCGACAUCCUCCAAAGUCAUUGCGUGGCUAAAGAAGACCUUCAUCAGACCACCUGGCGACGGUUACAGCCCAAAUAGCCAAUCUGACAACCUCGAGCCCCGACAUCCUCGCUUCAAGUCCCAUUAGUAGUGCCUUUGCUGCAGCCUCACAAACAUGCGAUCUCAAGCUCCGAACCGUCUCGUAUCCGUCUCAACCCUUACGCCCGAAGAUUUCGCACCUUUCGGCGAAGUAGUCCAAAAUCCUGCUACACAUGAUGAAUUGGACGGCAACGGAGAAUGGAGGCUACAACAUCAAACGGCGAAUCAAGGUAGCGCGACCAAAUGGCUAAAUGUCACGCAUAUGGCGAACCAUUACGACCGGGCAGCGAGUCGGAAGGCAGCGAAGGUGGCAAUGAAUAUGUUCGUGUGUAAGCCGAGGACUUUGUCGAAGAGAAAGUCAGACGGAAAAGCGGUGUUCAAGGUGGGGAUCCUGGAGAGGCACCCGUUCACUCCCCAGACAUUCGUGCCUAUGGGACUAGGAAAAGAGGAUGAGAGGACAAAUUAUCUGGUCAUCGUAGCUCCUACUUUGCCUGCGAAGGCAAGAGGCGAGGCUGAGAGGCCAGACAAGGCAUAUCCAGUCGAUGCGCCGAGGAGAAAGAGAAGUCUAAAAGAACGGUUGCUUGAUGCAAGGCCUAAUCCUUUCACGAACGACCAUGUGCCUUCCACGACACGUUCCGUAGCUGCGCUCCCUCCAUCGCAGCGUCCGAAAGGAACUGGUUUGCCGGACCUAGACAAUCUGCAAGCUUUCAUCGCGAGAGGCGACCAGGCUGUGACAUAUGGUCCUGGAACGUGGCAUGCUCCAAUGGUGGUCUUGGGAGCGAAAGAGAUUGAGUUUGUUGUUGUGCAAUAUGCGAAUGGUGUUGGCAUUGAGGAUUGCCAAGAGUGUGAGAUUGUUACUGAUGGCGGGGAAGGAGUAGUGGUCGAUGUCGGUGUCGAUGGAUCUGCGGUUGAUGAAGCAGAUGCAAGCAAACCAGGUUAUAUGCGGGCGAAGCUGUGAUGUUGCUCAACUAAAUUCCCCGAGGCUUCCGACACGUCCCGCAAACAUGUCUUGCAUUGCUGGCAAGACUUUCGACUCAAAUUCCUGUUCCUGCUCGUUAGGCGAGGCCGCUCCACUGUUGUAGAGCCACACAACCGCUGUUCCUGAGAACAUUGUAUCGUGCCUCGAACAGCUCUCCGCAGUGCUAUUGUGCAACAUCUCUGGGUCGGAGAGCAGACCAGCAGAGAGAGGAGUCAAUUGCCUCUCUGCGGAUAGAGAUCAAGCGCGACUUCCUCGUAGAUCCGAGCUCUCAACAUGAAAGGCAGGCCAAGGAACGCGGACGAAAUCGACCCGCACAGCAUCAAACAGUGGGCCUUGCAGCCGACAACGAGGGGAUGGGCAGCUGACUGUUCCGAUGUGUCGCUGGGGGUGGAGUGGUAAUCGGGAUGGUGGUCGCAUCGAAUAGAUUCCCGUGCGAGCUCAUGGUCAACCGCAGUGGCGACUGAAUGAAGGAGUUUGCGUCGAGCUCGGUGUUGUAACGCGAUCUCGUCAUGACAGUGAGCCACGGUGUCAACGGAGGAAGCAGGAUCGGGAGACACUUACCAGGAGUGGUGUUUUGAUCAACGCGGGAACGCUUCUUCUUCUUGCUAUUUGUAUCUUUCCGAGCAGCCUGGUCUGUUGUCGGACUUUGGAGGAACGAGUGGGAUCAGAGGACAUACGUUGGUGGUAUAUGUGCGGGGAGUUAAAGGUUCUAUGAAGAGUUAGCAAAGCGA